CACCACGUGAUAGAAAAGAGAAAUGUUUUUCUAUUUUCUAAUCAGUGUUGUCACAGUAAAUUUUAGUAAUUCAUGUUUAUCGAAAAUGAGUGAAGAAAAAAUUGGAUCUCUACCAGAGGAGGCUUUAAAAAGGAAGGAACGUCUUGCUGCAUUAAAAAGAAAAAAUGAAGAAGCUAAAGAACACAGCAGCGGAGCUCCUGCAAAAAUACCUAAACCAAAGUUUAGGAGUUAUAGACCACAAGAUGAAAAUUUAAGAGAAAACGUCAUAGAAAAUGCACAACCAGGUGAUGUAGAAGCAGAAGUGAAAGAUCUUUUAACUGCAGCAAAAUCUAAUGUGGUUAUAGAAGAACUUGAUAUUGGUAGUUUAGCACCAAGAAAAUCAGAUUGGGAUUUGAAAAGAGAUACAGCAAAAAAACUCGCAAAAUUAGAAAGAAGAACGCAAAAGGCUGUGGCAGAAUUGAUUAUAGAAAGGUUAAAAGCAGGAAAUUCUCAAGAUAUUGCUACUGCUGUAAAUAUGGUUGGAGAAAUAGAAUCGCAAACUUCUAAAUAAUAGAUAAUUGUCACGAAAGCAACAGCAACAUGAUUCUCAGUUUUGAUGAAUUCAAAGGUCAAAGUCAUGUUAAAACCCUAAUGAAUUCUUUUUUUCUUAAUAUCUUUAUCGUUUGAUUUAUCGAGACUUUUAUUAAUCUUAUGAUAAGUUUGAGUUACACUUUUCUUGAAAUACAAAAGAAAAAAUCUUUUAGUUAUUAUUUUUCAUCAGUUCUAUAGUAUUAUAGUUAUCAAAACAGUUUCAGUAGUAUAAUCUUAAGGAUUGACUGAGAUAUCUUGACUAAUGUUGAAUGAAGUCAUCAUUAUGACACGUGUGGAUGUAUUUUCUUUACUCUAUAAAUAGUUUUAAGAAAAGUAAUCGUAACUUAUAUGCACUUUUUCUUAGUAUAAGAGUUGUUUUUUUUUUAAUAUUAUAUUCAUGAAUUUAUAUGUUAGAUGUUGAGUCAGAUUGAUUUUAGAUAUGCUAGAUAAAUGGACUGAUUAUAAUAAAAAUCUGAGAAUAAUCAAGAACCUAUGCAUGAGACAUAAUAUUGAUAGACAUAAUAACUCGUGCAUUAAAUGUAACUUUCUUUUCCGAUAGAAAACCAAUAGAUGUUAUAACGGUUUAUUUUAGUAUUGAGGCUUUUAAAUUCAAGAAUUAAUUACAUAUUCGUCACAAUAAAUUAUUUAAUUCCGUUCAUUUAGCUGUCAGCAUACUUUUACACAUCAUUUCCAUUCUUUAAAUAAUUAGACAUAAUUAAUGUUGCACUUUGAAAA